CUCAAGUCCGUAGCAAGUCGGUUCUACACUAUAGAGUACUGGCUAGGAUAUCGAACCGGACAGAUGGCAAUGAUGGCAGAUCCGAGUGGAGCCCUCGCUCUUCCAGAGGUGUGGGAAUGCUUGACAGGUCUUUUAGGAUUGGACGCCUUGGUUGCUGUCAGCGCAGCCAGUCCUGCAUGUUUUGAACAUGUUCGGUGUGAUGAUGAGUCUUGGAAGCGUUGCUAUUCAUUCCGGUGUUCAACUUGUCCAGACAGCAUUGCAAAAGGAUGCUGGAGGCAGGCGUUUAUCAUGGCAGCGAAGAAUACGGAGGAGUCGAAUCGUUGCUGGUGUCGCGAGGAUCAGAAUCUUUCUACCCGUCACAAACUGAUUUUCCAAAGCUUUGUACGGUCUUGGGCGUCUGAUGGGCGUACGUUAGUCGCGGGCGAGUACGAUGGAAGAUUGCAGCCAUUGGAUUGGUCCACCGAAACCAUCGGAGCGCCCUUCCAGGGUCGCCACAAUGAUGAGGUAGUGUGCGUUGACCUAAACCAGGAGCACGUCUUGUCUGGAAGUGGUGAUCCUGGGUACUACAAUCGACCAGCUUCUGAUUCAUCUGUUAAGCUUUGGAGGCGUAGAGACGGUGCAUUAUUAGGUACUUCGAAUCAUCACAGAGACACUGUUCGAGCUGUUUCUCUUUUCCCGGCAGACUCGGCCUUCUCUAAUUAUGGGAUUUCGGUCUCCAUGGAUUGCUGUCUGUGCUUGCAUUCGUUAUCGCCCUUCCGAGUGUUGAGAACGGUCAGAAUGGAUGGGCCUUGUCGCUCACUGAAGAUUAUAGAGUCGCCGCGGGCACAUCUUUGUGCAGGUAUCGCUCCAGAGAUUCGUCUCUUUGCGAGCACGGGUUCGCAAGUAUGUGGGUUCUCCUUGUGCUUUGAAGGAAGGGGCCAACCGGAUCUGUUCGAAACAGAAGAUGUGGAAAUACGCUGGGACGUUUCAAGCCUGGCAUGCCACACCGCGGUAUCGUUUUGGGAGCACGCGUCGAUCAGGCAUCAUUUUCCGAAUCGUUUCCUUGAUCUGGACAGCUUCACCCUAGCUGGUGGUACAACUGAUGGCCGAGUGUGGGCCGCCCGAGUUCGGGACGGCAGUCCCAGCGUCGUGUCAAUAUCAUUGACGAGGGGCCGCCAGAGAGGUCCUGCAGAUGUGGUGUCUGUGCAGCUCCUGGACGCCUGCAGGAUGCUUGCAGUGAGCAGGCAAGGCUUGCUCGCGUUGGUUUCCUGGGCCGCCAGUAGUGACAUGCAGGUGGUGUGGGCCGUGUCAGGCCUCCGAAUGUAUGUUUCAACAAUAGGCCUCCGAGGGCCACAGCUUCUUGUGUCCGAUGGGUUCGAUAAUGCGAUCUGUGCGAUCUCCUGUGGAGCAUAG